AUGGUGGGUAGGCUCAAGGCCUCGAAGGGCCGGGGGGGUCCCCAAGGCGAUGGUGACGCUGCAUGCAGAGCCAACAAUGCAUGCAGUGAAGUCUCUAAGCAAAACAAAUGCGGGGCUCUCAUGGAAGACCGCGCCCUCCUAACGGCCCUGCUGGAGGCUGCAGCCAGCGGCAACAAAGACUCACUCCUCGCAGCUAUCAGGAAAGUUGCACAAAGAUACGGAACGCGCAACGUGGCAGCAGCAGAAGCCUCAGCAACAGAGGUUGCGGAAGGAGGAGAAGCAACAGCAACACCAGCAAAACGCCCUACAGCAGCAUCAGGAGCAGGACGAGGAGAUGCAGCAACGGCAAGAAUACACCCAGAAGCUGCUGGUAAAGCAGCAGCAGAAGGAACAGAAUGCGAAUUGCUAGGCAUGGAUCCCGACUUGCUGCUAGGCUUCCGUGACGGCGAAGGACGCACAAUAGCUCACUUUGCAGCUUUAGGAGGUUCUGCUGAGGUGUUGGAGUUGGUGUUGCGUCUGUGCCCCUCGGCGCCCAAUGCGAGAGACAGCUAUGGAAAAACCCCUCUCUUUACGGCUGCUUCGUUAGGCAACACAGAGGUGCUGCAGCUGCUGCUGCACAACGGCGGAGACGCAGCAGCACGUAGUAAAGGAGGCAGCACCGCGGUGCACGAGGCCAUCUUUGCCCAGAAGGGAGAAGUUGUUAAGCUGCUCCUUGAGAGAGGCGCAAAUCCAAAUGCAGUUUCUUCUAUGGGCACUCCCCUACAGAUAGCGGCGGUGACACAGCAGCAGGAGAUCCUUGAGCUGCUGCUGUCUCACGGCGCAGACCCCAACAACAGCCAGGGAUCGGACUCCGAUUCUGUUUCCGCAGUCGAUCGUGAGCAUGAUAUCACCGCCUCCGUCUCCUGCUGCAGCCCCUUUCCCCCUGCCUUAAUCCUCGCAGCCUCGAAGAACGACUGCUCCUGCCUGCAGCUGCUACUGCAGCACGGGGCCGAUUGCAACGCCACCGACUCCGAAGGUUUCACAGCCCUUCACUGUGCAGCAGAAACAAACUGCAUAAAGUGUGCAGAACAACUCCUUAAAGCAGGCGCUGACUGGGAAACUGCCGCCGCUGACGGAUCGACUCCUCUAGACCUGGCGAAGCGCCACAAGGCUGAAGCGGUGGCACAGCUGCUCGAGCACCUGGGCGUCAGCCCCCAUCAGCGAAGGCGCCCUCCUCAAAAGUCCUCUCCCAAAGUGAGUCCUGGCUACUGGGGAGAAGCGCCAUCACUCAGUAUAACUUUGGAUCCUUCUGGUACCGCUCCGCCCGAAGCGUUGGCGAGAGUCGAGAAGCUAAAGGAAGCAGGAAACGCCGCUUUCCAUGGGAAGGACUUCGCCGCAGCCAAGGAAAAAUAUACCCUGGCGAUUGAUGAGUGCCCAAAAGUGACGGCAGCGCGGGAGCUGCUGGGAGUCCUCUACUCGAACCGAAGUUUCACCCAUGAACAGCUCGAAGACGCGCAAGGAGCCCUGGCGGACGCGCAGGUGGCGGCGCAGCUGCGGCCCGAAUGGAGCAAAGCUCACUACCGCCUGGCGCGGGCACGCCGCCUGGAGGGCGCGGCGGAGGAGUACGUCGCCAACUUGUGGGAGGCGUUUCGCCUAGAUCCCACAAAUACACAGAUUCGGGAGGAGAUGAACGCAGCAGUGCAGGCAGCGCGUAAGGCCCACAAGGACAGGGCUUCCUCCGCCACGCAGCCUGCUUAG